AUGAAUGGAACACCACCUCCCCCACCUCCAAUACAUGGAAGUCGUUAUGCACGCGCACCUCCGCAUGGAGGAGUGCGUGCACCUCCCCCACCACCUUCACCUCCACCUCCAUCCGGGCCACUAGGUGGUGGCCAAGGAGGACGUGCAGUGAAAACAUCUAACUUAAAGCCAUUGCAUUGGAACAAGAUUGAUCAGGGGAGGGCCACUAACAUGGAAAACAUGCUUACAAAGGUUAAAAUGCCGCCCGCUUAUAUAGUGGCAGCAGUUUUGGCUAUGGAUGACACACUUUUAGAUGUUGAUCAAGUAGAAAAUAUUCUCAAAUUCUAUCCUACAAAAGAAGAGAUGAACCAACUCAAGAAUUUUAAAGGUGACAUAGAGCAAUUGGGCAAGUGUGAGCACUUUUUUCUCGAGCUAAUGAAGGUGCCGCGCAUGGAGGCAAAAUUAAAUACUUUUAUGUUUAAGCUUCAAUUUAAUUCUCAGCUUGCAAAUUUUAGGAACUGUCUAAACAUUGUAAACUCUGCAUGUGACGAGGUCCGGAAAUCUGUCAAAUUCAAGGAAGUUAUAAAGAGAAUCUUAUAUUUAGGGAGUACAUUAAAUCAAGGAACCUCUAGAGGUGCGGCAGUUGGUUUCAAGCUGGAUAGUCUUUUGAAAUUGUCAGAAACACGAGCAUCAAACAGCAAUAUGACUUUAAUGCAUUAUCUUUGCAAGCUUGUUGCUGCUAAAUCACCAGCUCUUUUAGAUUUCCCGGAGGAUCUUGUUAGCCUUGAAGCUGCAACAAAGAUACAACUGAAAGCUUUAGCAGAAGAAAUGCUAGCUUUUAGAAGUGGACUGAAAAAAGUCAAGAAUGAACUAGAAGCAUGUGCAAAUGAUGGCCCCGUAUCUAAUGGUUUUCGCAAGACAUUGAAGGAGUUUAUCAGCCACGCUGAGGCGGAAGUGACAAGUGCUACAAAUUUCUAUACCAUUGUGGGUCAAAGUGCUAAUAGAUUGGCCUUAUAUUUUGGUGAAGACCCUUCCCGUUGCCCUUUCGAACAAGCUACUCAAACUCUUAGCAGCUUUGUGAGACUAUUCCGAAAAUGCCAUGAGGAUAAUCUUAAACAGGCUGAACCUGACAGAAAGAUGGCCGAAAAGGAGGCUUGCCAAAAUCCUGCAAACAACUGUUCGGAAAGUAUUGUUAUUGUACAUAAGAACAUAACUAAUGUUUGAAAGACAGUUUUUGGAAAUCUAAUACUGAGAGAGGACAUAAAUUUUAUACAUUAUGUAUUUUGUACAU